AUGCGCACUGCGACAGCACCGGCGCUUGGCGCGCCAUCGCUGGCGUGGCCGCAGCGGCGCGACAUGCGGUCGACCCCAGCAGCAGCGCACACCCGCACGCACGUCCUCUGUGGUGCCAGGCAGUACAGCAACAUCACGUCGCCUGCGGCCGGCGCCCAUGCGCUGUCGCCGGCGGCCGCUUUGCUGAGAGCGAUCCGUCCACCGUUCCCGCCCCGCCCGGACACGCCGUGGGCGUUGCAGCCGCCACGCGGCUACUUUAUCCGCCGCCGCCACGGCCACCGGGGCGAGGGCAGUGCCCUCAGAAGCAGCAGCGACGCAGCCGCCGGCGAGGGCAAGGCCGCAGGCGCGCCGCCGACGGCGGCCGAGGAGGCGCCAAGGGCGGGAGAGCUGAUCCUGGAGGACGGUGGCGGCGAGUUUGGCAGCGGCGCGCACGGCGACGGCCACGGCGGCGAGCACGGCGGCGGCCACGGCCACGGUGCCCAUGGCGGCGCGGCGCACCAGAUUCAGCACAGGGCCGUGGAGAAGGUCUCGUUCAAAGUCCUGGAAAAGCUUGCGGAGCACAUGAGCGAGCGUGCCGGCGAGCGCGUCGCCGAGCGCGUCGGCGAGCGGCUCGCCGAGCGCGCGGGGGAGAGGAUUGCGGAGCGCGCCGGCGAGCGCCUCGCGGAGAGGGCCGGGGAGCGACUGGCGGAGAGGGCCGCCGAGCGCGCGGGGGAGCGCCUGGCCGAAAGGGCUGCGGAGAGGGCGACCGAGCGGCUGGCCGAGCGCGCGGCGGAGCGGGCAGGGGAGCGCUUGGCAGAGCGGGCCGCGGAGCGGGCAGGCGAGCGCUUGGCAGAACGGGCCGCGGAGCGCGCCGGUGAGCGCUUGGCCGAGCGAGCAGCAGAGCGGGCAGGGGAAAGACUUGCGGAGCGCGCUGCCGAGCGUGCCGGCGAGCGGCUGGCCGAGCGCGCCGGCGAGCGCCUGACACAGCGUGCAGCAGAGCGGGCGGGCGAGCGCCUGGCGGAGCGCGCUGCAGAGCGAGCCGGGGAGCGGGUGGCAGAGCGCGCUGCCGAGCGCGCUGGUGAGCGCCUCGCAGAGCGCGCCGCAGAGCGAGCGGGCGAGCGCUUGGCAGAGCGUGCGGGAGAGCGCCUCACGCAGCGUGCAGCAGAGCGGGCGGGCGAGCGCGUCGCCGAGCGCGCCUCGGAACGCGUGCUCGAGCGGGCCGGGGAGCGCGCCGCGGAGCAGGCGGCCGAGCGCGCCGGCGAGCGCGUCGCGGAGCGCGCGGGAGAGAUGUUGGCCGAGCGCGCGGGCGAGCGCGCCGGCGAGCGCGCGCUGGGCCGCGCCACCGAGCACGCAGCCGCCGCCGCCGGCGCGCGUGGCGCUGAGCACGCCGCGGCGGCGACUGGUGGGCACGCGGCGGCGCGGGCGGCGGCGGGGCACGCGCACGCGCAUGCGGCGCGGCCGGCGGGGCUGCUGGACAAAGCGAUCGACGCGGCGCUGUCCUCACGCGCUCUGCAGCGCGUCGCGUCGCCCGCGGUCCUCGCCCGCGUCGGCCGCGGCGCGGUCGUCGCGCUGCCCGCGCUCGGGGCCGUCUUCAUCGCCCACCUCGCGCGCCAGGACUGGCAGCGGCUGGCGGAGGAGCGCGCGGCGGGGCGGCCGUGGGCGGCGCGUGCGUUCCUGGUGGCGUUCCUGGGAGACAUGCUGGACGUGGUGAUGCACGCGGUCGUGGUGGUCGGCCUGCUGCACCACCACUUCCAAGUGGGCAUCCCCAUUGCCCAUUCAGUCGUCCACGCGGUCGAGGCGUCCGGCGUGACCGUCGCCGUCGUCAGCACCGUCGCCGCCACGCUGGGCGAGGUCAUUGCGACGCACGCGCUCCUCGCCGCCCAGCGGGAGCAGGAGCGCAGGCGCGUGGACGAGAUCGCGACGGCGGUGGUGCGGGCGCUGGAUGAGGCGGAGGGCGCGGUGGAGCGCGGGGCGGCGACUGCGGACGCCGGCGGCGCUGCAAAGGCGAGGGGCGAGCUGUGA